AUGUCUUACAACUGGUCUCUCCUCUCUAUCCUUGGAACAUGGGGUAUCUCCAUGGGUGUCCACACAUACGGCGUUGCAGUUGUCAAUACUGCUGGAAGGAAUGUUUACUUCGAUAAUGCGAAUCCUAGAAACCAAUGGGACGAUUUAAGGGCUCAGUUACCGCCUGACGUCUUUGCUCGUUCACAGAGGGCACAGGCUGCUUCGGACAAUGGACUGGAGAUCUUGGGAUUUUGGGGGCUUGCUGUGCUUGCGGGGAACCUAGCACAAUUACCUAUCAAAUCGCUUAAUGAUCAUGCUUUAAUAUUCUUGGGAUCGAGAGUAUUGUAUAGCAUCCUAUACGUUAACAUCUCUACCCUAAAGCUCUCGGCUCUGAGGUCGCUGGUAUGGGGUGUUGGUAUCGCCGCUAUUUCCAACCUUCUGUGGCAAUCAACAGUUGCUCUGAAUGCUUAA